CAGAGUUAAGAAGGCGCCCUUUUAUUCUGAAAGUUCGAAAAGUUGCCUAAACGUAAUGAUUUUGUUGUGUCUCGCUUGACUGUAGUGCAACUAUAGUUUGACGUAUAAUGCGACGUUGUAUUUUUCUGACUUUGCAUCUUUAGAGGGGAUUUCAGGCCCCCUGGUUGUACUUUUGGUCUAACUGGCGUUUUUGUUGUCGACUCAGGUAACAUGGUAGACGUGUGUACGGUUUAGUAGGCGUCUUUCAGAAGGAGUUGUCUUCAGGCCUGUACGGGUUAUUUCCAUCACUGCCACGGGCAAACAAGUCUCCGAACCAAAAUGUCACUAGAGGACUAUGAAAGACAUUUCGACUCGCUAAACUCAGAUUUGGGUGGCGGAUCUGUGGUCAGUGAGCGAUCAGCGUCGAGCACGUUUUAUGGCGAAGAGGAGAAACUGCAUUACAUUCCUAUCCGGAUCCUCGGGAGGGGGGCGUUUGGUGAAGCAACUCUGUACAGAAGAACAGAGGACAAUUCUCUGGUGGUAUGGAAGGAGGUGGAACUGAACUCGCUCUCAGAGAAGGACCGUAGAGAUGUCAUGAAUGAAAUCAGCAUCUUGUCCAUUCUGGAGCACAACAACAUCAUUGCCUAUUUCAAUCACUUCAUGGAUAAAAACACUCUUUUCAUAGAGUUAGAGUAUUGUAAUGGAGGUAAUCUUUACGAUAAAAUCAAUCAACGGAAGGGGAAGCUCUUCAGUGAAGAUGUGGUUAUUUGGUAUCUAUACCAAAUUGCCUCAGCAGUGGCCCAUAUUCACAAGGCUGGGAUCUUGCACAGAGACAUCAAAACUCUGAAUAUUUUUCUAACAAAGACUGACCUCAUCAAGCUAGGAGACUAUGGCCUCGCAAAGAAGCUAGACUCUGAGUUUUCAAUGGCUGAGACUUGUGUGGGAACCCCAUACUACAUGUCACCUGAGUUGUGCCAGGGAGCCAAAUACAACUUCAAAUCAGACAUCUGGGCCAUGGGUUGUGUACUUUUCGAAGUCUUAACUCUUACAAGAACAUUUGAUGCAACGAACCCUCUGAACCUCUGUGUGAAGAUAGUCCAGGGAAACUGGACCAUGGAGGUGAACUCGGAUGUUUACUCUCCUGAAUUGAUCAAACUGGUGUAUGAAUGUCUUGAUAAAGAUCCUGCAAAGAGGCCUACAGGUGACCAGAUUCUUGAUCAGCCGUUUAUCUCCUGCCGCAGACAGGAGCUUGAAGAGCGAGUUGCCCUGUUGAACUCAGCAAUGAAAAGACCAAAGCUGAGUACAGUGACAGACACCCCUGUUGCUGUGGUGACGACACGCUCGAGGGAGGUGUAUUUCUGGGGUGGUGGCAAGUUCACCCCGCAAAAAAUGGAUGCUUUUAAAGGAGGGAGCAGUGCCCAACACGUGUGUGCAGGAGAGAGUCACUUUGCCGUGGUGUCAGUGGAAAAGGAGCUGUAUACUUGGGCUAAUGUCCAAGGAGGAGCAAAGAUGGUGGGCCAGCUGGGACAUGGAGACCAGGCCUCGUACCGGCAGCCAAAAAAGGUGGAGAAGCUGCAGGGGAAAGCCAUCCGACAGGUGGCAUGUGGGGCUGACUUUACUGCCUGUGUGACCGAUGAAGACCAGAUGUACAUGUUUGGGUCAGACUAUUACGGCUGCAUUGGGGUGGAAGGCGAGCAUGGCAUGGAGAUUUUGGAGCCGGUGCUGUUGGAAUUCUUUGAGGAGCGGCCUGUGCGUCAGGUUUCAUGUGGAGACAAUCAUGUGGUGGUCCUGACCCAGAGUGGGGACAUUUACUCCUGGGGCUGCGGAGAGUAUGGGCGUUUGGGCCUGGAAUGUGAGGAUGACUUUAAUUCUCCGAUGCAGGUUGAGAUCCCUAAAGGUGCCACCAUCUCCUCAGUGUCAUGUGGCAGUGAUGGAACCUUCUUCUUGACAGAAGCUGGCAAAGUGUUAGCAUGUGGAAACAAUGAAUUCAAUAAGCUUGGUCUAAACCAGGGGAUCACUGGUCUGAAAAACCACCCUGGAGAGGCUUUUCAAGGGAUUCCAUACAUCACCACACUGACCUUGGCCAAGCAGCUUUCACGAUUCAAGAUUCAGGCUAUUGCUCCAGGGAAGACCCAUACAGCUGCAGUAGAUGGACGUGGUCGCCUGAUUACAUUUGGUUGCAACAAGUAUGGGCAGCUGGGUGUAAAGGACUUCAAGAAACAUCAGGGUGUCCAGGUCCUUGUUGGACCCUUUGGGGGGAAGAUUGUGACCAAAGUGUCAUGUGGUGACGGCUUCACUAUUGCAGCAACCGAAGACAAUCAGAUCUUUGCGUGGGGAAAUGCAGGAAAUGGGCGCCUGGGGAUGCCUGCUGAUAAGGGAUUUGGUUCUGAGGUGUGCCCUGCCAUGCCAAGACCCAUCUUUGGUUCCCUCCACCAUGUACCGGACCUGUCUUGCCGAGGCUGGCACACCAUUAUAAUAAUGGAAAAAGUGCUCAACUCCAAGACUAUUCGAUCUAACAGCAGUGGACUAUCUGUCGGUAGUGGACUUGACCAGGAGGCUUCAACGUCAACAGUAGAUCUGGAUAUAGAACCUGGUUCAGAGACAGAGUGCCGGGACAGGGGUCUUGGGGGCACCAUGGAGGAUCAUACAGAGGAGUGUUUCAUGGGUACCCCCAUGAUGUCUGCCAACCAGACUGGAGACAGCUCUUGCCCGCUGUGGCUUAGAAAGGAGCUGGAAGAUGCCGAGUUCAUCCCCAUGCCAGACAACUCAGACCUGCCCUCUCCUGACCAGCUCCCGUCUUUCUCUGAUAGUGUCACACUUCCUUAUGAGGAACUGAAGGAGCUAAAGGCCGCAGCAGCAGCAGUCAGCUUUAACACAGGCCUAUCGACUAAACGAAUGGACUGGGAUAAAGUUAAUGGAGAUGACUCUUGCAAAAAAGGACAGCCCGGCUCAUGCUGUGAAGCGAGUAGCGAGGUCUUACAGCUACGAGAAACAGUUGCUCGUCAAGAGAUGAGAAUUGAGAUGCUUGAGAAACAGAUUGAUGAGCAGAAAAAGGAGAAUGAACGGCUCUUGUCAGCAAUGAAUCGGUUAACACUGCAGGAUGCAGGAUGUGACAGUAACAGUCACUCUGAUCGUACGCCCUGCGAUGGAAGAGGCAGAGGAGGUGGAUUCUCAAACCAUGGGGGUCGAUCUGCAGGAGCCGGCGUGUGAGAUUCAAAUGUUUGAAUAUCCUUAUCAUGGGAGAAUUGCUGAAAAUGUUAGCACUUAAUGAACAGUGGAUUCACAGCCUCAGUCCAUUUACAAUGGUUACAAUACAGUAUACAUGUUUGACAAGCACCAAGCUGCAUGAUUACAAAUGACUGUAUAAGUCAUACUGUAAAAUACCUUGCUCUCACAUGCACACCUGUUCAGAGUGAUAUGGCGAGUCACUCCAGACUGAAAUGUUGGCUGGAUUCAACAUGACGGCUCGGAUCUUUCCUCCUACUAUUGACAAUCAUUGUCAAUCAUCCUAGGGUUACUCUGUGCUGUCAGUGUCUCAGUGGUUUAACCAUUGACUUAAAGUGAUGUCAGAAUUGAGGCUUUAACCAUGAGUGCCUCAGAUAAUGGUAUUUAUAGCAAGACAAGUAAGAAAAGUGUUUACAAUAAGGAAGAACUUGCUAAAACAUAGAAAGAUUCUGGUUUCCUAAUCAUUUAUGAAGAUACGUGCAUGAUUUCACUCACAUGACACCAUUUUCAACUGAGGAAAUGCAAGUUUUACACAUCACUUUAUUUCUUCCUUGUUUUCAAGUUCUUAAAGAGCUAAAAUGCCAAAGAGAUGGUUUUGAAACAAUGUCUUCAGAGAUGUUAGUCAUAACAAUGCAAAAAAUAAGAUUAUAUUUGCAUUUUUAUUGUUUAAGUGAAACAUAACUACUGAUGAAUUUUUUAACAGUUGCUUGUGGUUACUUUUUCGAACUUCCUAUUUGUUGGUGCAGCACAUAUAUGCACACAUGUAUAAACACUUGAACCAUUUUAUUUUAAUGCAAAAACAUUUAAAACAUGUAAUGUCUGGACUUAGCAGUUCAUCAUUUUUGCUUCAUUCACUGCUUUUUUCUGUUUCUUUUCUCUUGUCUAUGGUACUUUCUGAAUGUUUUACUGUAUUUUGCUGCAUUUUUGAAAUGUGUAUGUGCGAUUUGAUAUUUGUUGUGUUAUCAUAUAUAUGUUUGGUAUCUUUCCCUGACUUGUCAGAGAACUGUCAAAUGUCAACUUUGUAAUUCUGGCAGUAUUUCAGGCUGAUGAUUGUAAGAUGAUUUACAAUGCCUUAGCAAGCUAUUGAAACCAAGUAAGUGCAAAUAUGAUAAUGCUGUGCCUUAGUUUAUUUUUUAUACAGUGCUUUGACUGCAUCGAGAAAAAAAAUAUGGUUUCUUUUUACAGUUAACAAAAUAUUGUGUAGCUGUGAUAACUGUAUUAACACUCCUUCUAGCACAAACUGUUGUCAUGCUUUAUGGAAAAGCCUUAAAUAAAACCAACAGCUGUCAUU